ACAGCAUAUCUUCCAUGAAAUAAUUUUCGUAACGUCUCACGUAAAAAUUCUACUUUUUUGGGAAACGAAUGUGUCAUAACGUUUUAAAAAAAUUCUCUAUUGGCCAAAAACAGUGCAAAAAAUUAAUCAAGUGAAUUGUAAAUCGAAUAGGCUAAAUUUUCGUAGAUGUUAAAGCCAUCAAGGGGGCCGCUAGCCACAAGACAACGCACACUUGGAUUUCGACCGAAAAAUCGGGAAAGAGUUCGUUCCAUCUCGAUGGGACUGGAUUUCGAAUUGGAUGAGAAGAGCGGAGAUCAGCCCGAUGAGAAGACUAGCUAUGUCAGCCUAUCCCGUCAGAAUUCAAAUGUUCAGGAUAAGAUGAGUGCCAGUAGCUUAGGCUUCCGGGAUCAUUGUAGUCCGAGUAUUGUGAAACUGUCCCAGAACGGCAAGGAAGGUAGAGAAGUUAAUCUAAUCAUGAGUGAUGGCGAACCAGAAGAAGAAGAUUAUCACAAAAAUGGGGAUUCGGACAGGAGAUUACCCAACUCAGAAGCUAUUGGGACCAAGCUGAAGGAAGAGCUUUGCAAGUACAAGCAGGAGCUUAAGGAAUACAACGAAACCACAAAGGAUCUGGAGGAGAAGUAUAUGAAAAUCAACUACGAGCUGAGCGAAAUGCAGCAGAAGCACGAUCAUUUGGUAUCCAGCAGGGCACAAACUUCGGAAAUGGAUAUGGGAAGUGAAGCGGAUCCGGGUAGUUUCUAUAGUUCGGCCAGCAGUGUGGCCUCGAAAAUGACCAUCCGACGAAAGAGUCCCCAAAUCCUGCGCAGCAAUACCAGUUUCAUGACGGUUCUUUCCGCCCAGAGUUCCUGUGAUGAUAUCAGCCGAAAGAAAUACCCAUCCGAAAGGGGUAAUCAUCAAACGAAGCAUCAUCGAAACAAGGAAAGUCUCUCAUCGCAGGUGGACAGUGUUUUCGAUAGCCGUAUUGUGGAAACUUUGGCCAAUCGUCAUAUAAAGCGAAGAAAAAAAUCCUUGGAGAAGGACGAUCGGGAGAGGGAGCCAGCAUCAUUCAAGGACGUCUAUAAUGUGCUGAAGGAUGUGAUCAACACCUCACAGGACCACAAGUACAAGCAUGAACGAGAUCGGGAUAGGAACAGAGGCUCGGACGACCUCAGCCAGCUCCUGACCACCAUCAAGAGCCUGAAGAGCGAGCAGCUCCAGUUUCGAACGCUCAUUAGGCAGCAGCAGGAACGGAUUGCGGAUUACCAUACUCGGUGUGUCAAGGCACAGGACAUCAUGAGCACCCAAAAGCACGAAAUCGAAAAGCUGCAUGUGAACAACAAGCAGUUAGAGUCGAGCAUCUAUCAUGACAUUGAUAGUCUGCGAUCCAAGAUAGACAACAAACUGAAGAGUGUUUCGCAUUUGCCCAAGAUGAUGCGGGACGAGCAUACAAAAUACGAGAAGGUAAUGCGGGAAAAUUGUCUGCUGGCGGAUAAACUUCAUGCCCUCCAACAGGAAGCCAUGCAACUGAAAGUCAAGAUCGAUGAGCUGGGGCGAAGAAAGCUGGUCACCAUCAAUCGAUUGAAGGCGGCCGAAAGGGAUCUAAAGAUAUUCAAAAACUACAACUCGGCCCUGAAGACGGAGAAGCGGAAAUUAACGCAGGAGCUGUCCACGACAAAGGAUCAGUUGGAACAGCUUCAGGCGACCAGUAAAAGGCAACUUUCCCGCCAUCGAGAGCAAAGCGAAAAGCAGCGCAGGGAUCUCCAGAAAAAGAUCUACGACCUCGAACUGAAACUGAGUAGGAGUCAAAACUCCACGUCCAGCUUGAUCCAGGAACGGGAUAGCCUGAUAGCUGAACUCCAGACGCAGCUCCACACCUUGGUCCACAAUUUCGAGGUGUCGCAGAAGCAUAUAAGGGUUCUAAGGCGUCACAUCUACUCCAUGACGAAUCCGGGUGGUGCGGGCAUCGCUUGUAGUGGCGGUGGUUCGGCCGGCAUUACCCACUUAGCGGGAGAUGGUUCCCAUCGACCCAGUCUGAUCAGGAUAAAUCAGCAGGGGUCCAGCACCGGACGACUCGGUAGCCCGCGAACGCUGAAGGCCAAGAUCUAGAGGGAUCUAGCCCUAGACCUAGAUCGGCUCCAUCAGCUGUCCAGGCAACUUGAAGGCACGGUUGUAACUUUGACCGUACCAUCAAGUUGCCUGGACAUUUCCCGCCGUUAUCGAAACACCAAUGAUUUCACUCUAAUGAUCAUGUGAACGUGUCACGUUUUUUAAAAGUCCUUUUAAUGAU